GUUUAUUUUGUGAUUUGAUUUUUUCAGGUCAGAUUUGUAUUGUUAUACCAUUUAUUUUGAACCGGCAAACGAUAACCGUUGCUGCAUUAGAGUUGUGUACAAACAGCGACGAAAAGAUCACAUGAAAAAAUGAUAAAUAUAGUUUGAAGAGUGUGACGUGACAAACUGGCCUGCAGCAUUUGAACGUCUAAAAAAAGCAAAUUUACGAAUAAGUGUGAAGAUUUGAGCAUUUUUUUUAUAUGUUAAACUGCACUGAUCUAAUUCUACCAACUUAUUCGUUACUUUGAACUUUACGACUUUGUGGUCUGUUUUCUUUUCGAUUAAUCAUACGUUUAGCGUUUAGAAAAGGUAUAACCCUAUAUUGAUAGUUUGGAUUAAUUUGUCAGAUUAAUUCCUGUUACUGGGAUAAGUGUUAUUGUCAGAAGUGAGAGUAAAUAGUGUUAAUUAGCUUCGAUUCGUUAUUAUAUUUUGGAGUGAGUGCUUGUUGUUGUUGUGAUGGCGGCCAACAUUGAGAAGAUUAAGAAGAAGAUCCGAGGUCUCACUGACGAAGUGGACGAGUGGCACGACAAGGCAGACCACUUCGAGAAGCUGGCGAACGAGAACAAGGAACGUGCGGAGACGGCGGAGGCUGACGCGUCGGCAGUGCAGAAUAAGUUGCUGCUGACAGAGGCACAGGCGGACAAGGCGGAGGCGAGAGCAGCUGAACUGAACAGCAAAGUGCAGGACUACGAGAAGCAGACGGACGAACAGGAACAAGAACUGAAGAAGUUAAGAGUUCGCAUCUCAGAAGCGGACAACAAUGAGGAAAUCGCACAGUUUAGAAUGAAGGAGGCGACAAUGCUUCUCAAACAGACAGACAUGAAAUACGAGCAGGCAGUGCGCAAGACAGUGGCCUUAGAAGCAGAUUUGGAGAAGGCAGAGGAGAGGGCGGACUUCUUUGAAAAGAAGGCGAAGAAGUUGGAGAAGGAGAUAGGGAGUCUAGGAAACAGUGUGAAGAGUUUGAGACAGAUGAUAGAGAAGCACGAGGUGGAGUCGGAGUCCAAGGACACCCUCAUUCGACGUCUGGAGGAGGAGUUGACCGAGGAGACCAACAGGGCCGACCAGGCGUCCCUCGAAGUGUCCAAGUUGGAGAAAGACAUUGACGAGCUAGAGACGAACUUCAUCACGGAGCGAGAGUCGUUUUCGAAGGCCCAGUUAGAACUAAGGGAAAUGAUGCGAGAGUUGACAGACGAAUAGACGAACAAACGAGUGAAAAGAAAAGAUCUCAGACUUGGGCUCUCAACUCAGAAUCUUCGUUGAAUGAAAAAAAAAACGACAACUUAAAUUUGAAAACUCUCUUUUUCUACAAAAUAAAUUUGCAGCAAUUUCACUUACUUAACUUUACAGCAAUGAUUAGGCAAUUAUUAACCUGGCUCAUUUCAAUCGGGUCAUUACAUUACCAGAUAAUUCCAUUUUAUGGGUAAAUUAAAUUACAGCUACAUUUUAUGUAAAUUAUUUGAUUAUCGGUAUUGGAAAAUGUUUUUUUUUUGAGAUCUAUACUGCAUUGGGCUACAAAAAUUAAAUGUUAUUGUGUUUUUACAUAAUGUAAUUUCGAAAUCAAUGCAUGGAGCUUUUCAACUAUUAUCGCUAAACAUUCGAAUAAUUUGCAUUCCAGUACAAAUGAAAAUAUUUA